AUGACAUUGGUUAUCAGAGAGAGGAGACACAAGCAAGCUCUAAGGCUUUCAUUGCCAAAAACUCCUUCAAAUCCAUCACAUUCUGAUUUCCCAAACCAAAUUCACGUGCCAGCAGUUCUGUCAUCCCCAUCUUCCCAUGUAGACUCUUCUCCAGGCAUCAUCAAGGACCUUUCGGACCUUAAGAAGCUAUCAGUUCUCGGCCAUGGCAAUGGUGGCACAGUCUACAAAGUUUAUCACAAGAAUACCCGUUCCUUCUAUGCCUUGAAAGUGCUACGGUUGAAUGAGAACGGCCUUGGCAUUCGCCAACCUGCUACACUCGAGGCUGAGAUUCUAAAACGUGUGGAUUCACCAUACAUAGUGAGGUGUCAUGCAGUUUUUGACAGUGGUAACUGUAAUAAUGAUGGUGACAACGGAGGUGAUAUUAGCUUUGUUAUGGAAUACAUGGAAGGAGGGUCUUUGCAUGAUGUGUUGAGAGAACACCACAGACUGUCAGAAGAGGUUAUCUCGGUGUUGGCUUGGCGCGUUUUGGAAGGACUUCAGUAUUUACAUGGCAUGAAUAUUGUGCAUAGAGAUAUUAAACCAUCAAACUUACUUGUGAACGAUAGAUUGGAGGUAAAGAUUGCAGAUUUUGGGGUGAGUCAUGUGGUGGAAGGUAGGUUUGAAGGAAAUGACUAUGAUGCAGGCACUUGUGCUUACAUGAGUCCGGAAAGGGUUGAUCCAGAAAGAUGGGGUGGUGAAAAUGCAAAUGAGUUUGCAGGUGAUGUAUGGUCAAUGGGAGUAGUAAUGUUGGAAUGCCUUUUGGGUUGUUUUCCAUUGAUUGGUCCAGGGCAGAGACCAGAUUGGGCAACUUUGAUUUGUGCAAUUUGCUUUGGUGAGAAGCUGGAGAUGCCAGAAAAAGCAUCACCAGAGUUUCAAAAUUUUGUGAGGAGGUGUCUUGAGAAGAAUUGGAGGAAGAGAGCAACAGUGUUAGAACUUCUUCACCACCCUUUUGUGACUCGGAAAAAUUGUUGCUCUUCUGAUAAAGAGCUUGGCGAUUAUGUUCUUGGAGGACGUUAA